AUGGGCUCUGCGAAUAAUGAUAAGCAAGCUGUGCCGCGCGAUGCUGCAACGUACGCAUCAAGUAGUUCAGGAGAGUCCAGAGGCCGACCAAAGGGCCGUGCGGGGCAGAAGAGAACCCGAUCGAGCAACAGUCGGCCAAUUAGGCUUGGCUACCAUGCCUUUACUGCGUUUGGCCACGAAUUUUGCGUAGAGAAGCGAUGGAAGUUUGUCCGAGAGCUGGGCUCUGGGGCAUACGGCGUCGUGGUCUCGGUUCAGGACGAAAUAACCGGAGAAACCAUUGCCAUUAAACUCAUCACGCGUGCCUUUGACAAGGUCCAACUGUCCAAGCGCGCCCUUAGAGAGAUUACAUUACUACGGCACUUUAAUAAUCAUGACAAUAUAACUGGUCUCAUCGAUAUGGAUGUGGUUGGGCCAGACUUCAAUGAAAUGCAUGCAUGGUUCAUUUUAUUAUCUGCUUAUUGCACCCUAGCGGACCUUUACCAAAUUAUCCGUAGCGGGCAAACAUUAACUGACGCGCAUAUUCGCUAUUUCACGUAUCAGAUACUUCGGGGGGUUAAGUUCAUACAUUCUGCUGAUGUGAUACACCGAGAUCUUAAGCCCGGGAACUUGCUCGUCAACAGUGACUGCGAGUUGAAAAUAUGUGAUUUGGGUCUAAGCCGGGGUUAUAACACCAAGUUGCAGGAGAAUGAGCGGUCCGAUCUGACAGAGUACGUUGCUACUCGAUGGUAUCGAGGUGUGUGGCGAGUUGUGUGGCGACUUACCGUGUUCCCAGUCGAUAUGUGGUCAAUAGGGUGUAUAUUAGGAGAGCUCAUGGGCGGUAAGCCUAUUUUCAAGGGCAAGGACUAUGUGGACCAGUUGAACCUAAUUCUGGGACUCCUUGGGACUCCUUCAGAUGUGACAAUACAAAGGAUUGGAAGUGAAAAAGCACGGGCCUACAUACGAAAUUUACCUUUCAAAAAGUUGAAGCCGUGGUCGGAAAUAUUCCCCAAUUCCGACCCUGAUGCUGUCGACCUUCUCUCAAAAUUGCUCACAUUCGAUCCAUCACAACGUCUAACCGUCAACCAAGCCUUGGAACAUCCUUUCCUCGCCGCAUACCAUGACCUCGAUGAUGAGCCGGAGAAUCCAGAAAAAUUCGGCAAGUGGCGUGAGAUUGAACGGGUGGAGACCAUAGAUCAAUUUAGGGCUGAAAUAUGGAAGGAGGUCCAGGAGUUUCGAAGAGAAGUCCGAAGCAUU